UUAUGGGAAAAACAACAAGCAGAGACACCAUACUUUACUAUCGGAAAUAGUAUAGAUCUAGAGUAGAUCUAAUCAAGAAUCUAAUGUCUAUUAAUCACAAUUUUAAAACAUUUUAUUAUGUUCUUGUUUAUAUUGUCAGAAAAUAACUUUGUAUAAUUUUAUUUAUAAACAAAAGGUGAAAACAUAUCCAGUUUUGUCUGAGACUCAUUUAUUUCAAAUUCAUGUCCAGACCCCCUAUCAUGCCUGCCCCUAUGGAAAGAGAGCCAAUGAUGCCAGGUCCAAGGGAACCCAUGAUGCCUGGUCCAAUGUCCGGCCCAAUGUCCAUGUCCGGACCCAUGCCAGGUCCAAUGUCUGGCCCUAUGUCCAUGUCGGGUCCUAUGUCAAUGGGAGGGCCUAUGCCUGGCCCAAUGUCUGGACCUAUGUCUGGACCCAUGCCAGGGCCUAUGCCUAUGUUUAUGGACAGAGAUCAUAUGAUCCCACGUCCAACCCCAUAUAUGGGGCAGCCUGAUUACAGAAUUUAUGAGCUUAAUAAACGAUUGCAGCACCGCACUGAGGACAGUGAUAACCUAUGGUGGGAUUCUUUCACAACAGAAUUUUUUGAAGAUGACGCUCAACUUACAUUAACUUUUUGUUUAGAAGAUGGCCCUAAACGUUAUACAAUUGGUAGAACUUUGAUACCCAGAUAUUUUCGUAGUAUAUUUGAAGGUGGUGUGACUGAUCUUCAUUAUGUUCUUAAAUACCCAAAAGAAUCAUUUCAUAACACAACAAUUACUUUAGAUUGUGAUCAUGCUCUGAUGGUCACCCAGCAUGGCAAACCCAUGUUUACAAAUCAGGUUAUCACAGAAGGUAGAUUGAUAUUAGAAUUCACCUUUGAUGAUCUUAUGAGGAUCCGAUCCUGGCACUUUGCAAUAAGGCAGCAUAGAGAGCUCAUUCCCAGGAGUGUUAUUGGCAUGCAGCAAGACCCCACAAUGGUUGAACAGUUGUCUAAAAAUAUCACAAGAAUGGGUCUUACAAACUACACAUUAAAUUUUCUAAGGCUGUGUGUCAUACUGGAACCAAUGCAAGAGCUUAUGUCAAGACAUAAAGCCUAUGGACUGAAUCCCAGAGACUGUCUUAAAACAACACUUUUCCAGAAAUGGCAGCGAAUGGUGGCGCCGCCAGGUAAAGAAUCAGCACGUCCUCCUAGUAAAAGAAGAAAGCGGAAAGGAUCAGCUAGCAAUAAUGCUGGAGCAGGAAAUAUGAACAACAAUGCCCCUCCAUCAGGCAAACAAAAACGCUCACCUGGCCCUCAGGGUUUUAACUUGGGAUCUACUGUCCCUGGGGAUGUUAUGGUUGUAGGAGAGCCUACUCUGAUGGGUGGAGAGUUUGGUGAUGAAGAUGAGCGACUCAUCACAAGACUAGAGAAUUCACAGUUUGAGCCUUCAAACAAUGAUGACAAUUCUGACAAGUUCCACAAUUCCCCAGCAGUCCAACAGAGUCCAUGGGGUGCUGAGAAAAAUACACCUCAGCCAUCUACAGCGACCACUACACCUACAACCAAUACACCUCUUACUGAGGCAGAGAUAAAGCAAGAGUAGCACAGCAACUAACCAUCAAGUCACCUAGAUAUAAUAGUAUGACUAGUCACUAAAAGGGUUCUAAGAAUGUGUAAAGUUGGUAUGUAUUUUCAAUAAGCCCUUUUGUUUUAUAUUGAAGAAAAAAAGAGGCCAUUGAUAUUGCCAUAUUAAUGUUGUUUUUUUUUAAUAAUAAAAGACCAAUUUUUUGUGUGUAAAUAUUGUAGAUAAUAAAGAUUUCAAGAUUUCAUUUUAUAAUUUUCCUGUAUACAUUCGUGCAUUUAUUUAUUUGUAUUUAUCAUUUCUUGAGAUUAAAAUGUGUGUGGGAUUUUAUUUUGUUUGGAGGCAUUGUAUCUUCCAAUAAGUGCUUUGAGGAUUUAGUAAGGCAGCAAUAGAAAAUGGACAAGCUUUUUAUUUUCAAUUCUGCUAGGCUCUGGAAAGUGUGUAUUUCGUAAUUGAGUUUCUAGUUCAUUGUUCUUAUUAAAUGUCAUUUGUAACUUUGUCAAGCCAUUCAUAUCACACAAAAAAAAAUCUCAAUAAAACAAUUUUAAAAUUAAA